GCUUUAUUUUGAUUGGAAUUACAAUUUUGUAGAAAUUGAGUAAGAAAUUGUAACGAUGGUAAAUUGCUAAAUUUUGUAGUCCUUGUUCGUCAAUAAUCUCAAUAGGCAGAAUAUACGGAGUAGAGUGUGUAGAGUAUUAUUUUUUUUACACCUUGGGAGUUUUUCACUUUUACGCUUCACCCUUUUCUCCCUCUCCUCCAUUGAAGCAUACUCCCAAUUCUCCAUUGAAGCGCCUUCCGAAGCUUUCUCUCCUCCAUUCAACCAGCUUCUUAGUCUUAUUUGGUUGCUCUUCGGUUCUCUGCUGCUGAGAUUGGUGCUGCUAAAUUUAUUCCAGAAAUUCAGAGAAUCUGCCACUGCUGCCAGGAUUGGUGGGUAUAAAAAAAUAAAUGUAUGGAAGAGCAGGUCUUGACAGAUUUAAGAAGGCGCAGGCCUUGGAGCCCUUUGCUGUCACUCCCAAAACAUCUUCCUUGCCACCUCCUAAAUCUGUAACACAAUCUUAUCCUCAGCAUCCUACUCAACAAGGACAGGUGCAGUCACAGAAACCGGCUCUGGAUGCAGCUGUGUCUGUACCCUCCACGACAACUCCCAAUGUUACCCAGAUUGGUGGGGGACAAUCUACUUGGCAGCCUCCAGAUUGGGCUAUUGAACCUCGUCCUGGUGUAUAUUAUCUUGAGGUUGUGAAAGACGGAGAAGUCCUUGACCGGAUUAAUCUUGACAAAAGGAGGCACAUCUUUGGCAGGCAGUUACAUACAUGUGAUUUUGUGCUUGAUCAUCAAUCUGUUUCACGUCAACAUGCGGCUGUUGUUCCACAUAAAAAUGGAAGCGUAUAUGUUAUGGAUUUGGGAUCUGCACAUGGUACAUUUGUUGCGAGUGAGAGAUUAACAAAAGAUACACCUGUUGAACUUGAAGUGGGGCAGUCUCUGCGAUUUGCUGCAUCAACUAGAACUUAUAUCUUGAAAAAGAAUGAAGCAGCUCUUUUCCCUCCACCUCCUUUACCCACAGAAAUUGAUCUGCCGCCACCCCCUGACCCUUCUGACGAGGAAGCUCUUGUUACUUAUAACACACUACUAAAUCGUUAUGGUAUAAGCAAAUCAGACCUCGUUAAAUCCACAAACUUGUUUGUUGUAUCCAGUGGAAAUGAUGAUAGCCAACCACCAACUAGAGCAGCUAAGAGAAUGAAGAAAUCUAGAGUUGCCUUCAGAGACCAAGUUGGGGGUGAGCUGGUUGAAGUUGUUGGGAUUUCUGAUGGUGCCGAUGUAGAAACAGAACCUGGUCCUCUUGGUCUAAAAGAGGGAAGUCUUGUUGGUCAAUAUGAGUCACUAGUCCAAAUCACGGUGAUUCCAAAAGGGAAAGGCCAGACGUCUGUCAAGGAAGAUAAUGUCUCUCCAAAAGGCGUUACUGACAAAUUACAGGAAGUCUUGAACAAGGUUAAAAAAUCUAACUCAUCAAAAAGUGGCAUCUAUGAUGACCUAUAUGGAGAUUCUUUUUCUGGAAAGGUGGGUUCGUCAUGGGCAAUCUCCUCUGGUAACCCUGUUGGUAGAGAACCAUCUCCCUCAAACAAUGGCGGGAUGAAGGAUUUUUUGUCCAACACUGCUUCAGGAAGCAAUAAUAUUCUUGAUGAUGACGAUGACUUAUUUGGUGACUGAUUGAGGCAAGUGAUCAGGUGGAAAAUUUCCUGACUGCCUCUCUGAAAAGGAAAAAUGCUCUUUGAUUGGUUAGCCACUGUCAAUGAAAUCAAUUGACUGAGAUGCAUUUUUUUUUUUUGGCUCAAGACAGGGAGGCAUCUUUAGAGAGGUGAUUUUGUUGUAUUUUAAUAUUUGUUUUCUGUUUUGGUGCAAUUUCACCAUCUGUGUGAGGCCUAGGAUGUGAUCUUCAGAUUCUAGCUGUAUAGAUGCAAUGCUUUGUACGGAAUUGUCGGAUUGUGCUUAAACUCACAGUCCCUUGAGUUUGUAUGGUGCGUCAUGUGUGUCAUAAAUCUGAGCCUCACGUCACAGCUUUUGCAUUUUUGCAUCUUGAUUCUUACAUCUUAUAAAGUACAGCUUAUUAUUUGAUCUUUCA